CAGUCUUCCAAGUUUUACAAUCGCGCACGUUGCAUUGCUAGGACACGCGUUCAUCCCAUCUAGGACAGUCUAGUGAAUCGGGUUUCCGGAGUGUGUAUGCAGGGAUGAGUAACAAUCAGAGUGUUAACGGCAGUGGGAUGGUGGUUUCAGCGGACAACCAUCACCAGCAGCAGCAGCAGCAGCCACAGCAGCCGCAGCAGCAGCAGCAACCCACCUUCAAGCUGUGGGGUGGCCGCUAUACGAAGACGACCGAUCAUGUGCUGGCUAAGGUGAACAACUCGCUGACGGUGGACAAACGGCUGUACGCGCAGGAUAUCGAUGGAAGCAUUGCGUACGCCAAGUGUUUGGCCGAAGCCGGUCUGCUGACGCAAAGCGAGUAUAAGGUGAUCGUGUACGGGCUGGAGACGUGCAGGGCCGAGUGGAGCAAGGGUACGAUCAAGCUGCUGCCCCGAGAUGAGGACGUACACACGGUAAACGAACGCCGGCUGUGCGAGAUCAUUGGUCCGCAGAUCGCGGGCAAACUGCAUACCGGGCGUAGCCGCAACGAGCAGGUAGUGGUGGACAUGAAGCUGUGGAUGCGGGAUGCCAUUCGUGAUCUACAGCAGCAGCUGCUGGAGCUGAUGCGCGCUAGCUGUGAGGUCGCCGAACGUUACCUCGAGGUACUGAUGCCGGGUUACACGCACAUGCAGCGUGGCCAACCGGUACGCUUCAGCCACUGGCUGCUGAGCUAUGCGUUCUACUUCCGGGAGGAUUUUGCCCGGUUCGCUGAGUUUAGCCGGCGUAUGAAUGUGCUACCGCUGGGGAGCGGUGCGCUGGCCGGUAAUCCGUUCAACAUAAACCGUCACAAGCUGGCGGUCGAUCUGGGUUUCGACGAUGUGUCGCAGAACAGCAUGAACGUCGUCAGUGAUCGGGACUUUGUGGUGGAGUUUAAUUUCCUGUGCACGCUCGUGGCCGUCCACAUGAGCCGGUUGGCAGAGGAUUUGAUCCUCUACUCGACCAAGGAGUUUAACUUUAUCGAGCUAUCGGAGGAGUACACGACCGGGAGCAGCCUAAUGCCGCAGAAGCGCAAUCCGGACAGUUUGGAGUUGAUUCGCGGUAUGACGGGGCCGGUGUUUGGGCAGCACUGUGGUGUCCUGAUGACCCUCAAGGGUCUCCCGUCGACCUACAACAAGGAUCUGCAGGGUGACAAGAGUGCCAUGUUCGGAGUGUACGAUCAGCUGCAGCUCUGCCUCACGCUGAUCACCGGUGUCAUCCAGACGAUGCGCGUCGAUGAGGAUCGCUGCCUUAGUGCACUCGGUUACGAGAUGCUCGCCACCGAUAUGGCUUACUAUUUGGUCCGGCGUGGCAUCCCGUUCCGGGAGGCGCAUCACAUCUCGGGCGAGGUCGUUGCUCAUUCGGAGAAGAUAAAGAUACCGAUCAACAAGCUCACGUUGGAGGAUCUGCAGGAGAUCUGUCCACACUUUGACGAGUCGAUUAGCCGUAUCUGGAACUAUGAGAACAGUGUCGAGCAGUACACGGUCGUCGGUGGCACCUCGAAGCUGUCGGUGCAGGAACAGAUACGCACCCUGCGAGCGUUCAUCGAGACGUGAUCUACAGACGGAUGCUCAUAGAGUUUAGAGAACAGUUUAUUUCGAUUAUACAGUACCCGGAGUCCCGAUAGUCCGGUGUG